AACAACGUUUACUUUGGUUAACACAUGACACGAGCUGUUCGUAGUCUAUCUAGAAGCAGUGGCAAUUUUCACUCCCAACCCUAGAAACAUUUUUUGCGUCACCAGAGUCACUGAGCAACGUUCCAACAAGGCAGGUCCGAUUCCUCUGAAAUAUUCAUACCACUGAUGAAAACUCAGCAUGAUAUUUUCAUUAGAGUUUUUCGAUUAUUCUUCGCACUGAGCAGUAUUUUAACAAAACAGUCUCUUCAAAUCAAAUAUUCAGUCUAACAGUUAUUGCCUCUUUUUUGCUCAACUUUAGGUUGAGUUAUUUUAAUUUUAUAUCUUUCACAUUCUAAAAGAAAAAGACAUUAUCCGUAAUGACUGACAUGGGAACUACGAAAAUGAUCAUGAGUGCUUCUCAGUUGUCAAAACACUGCGGAAAUAUUUGUAUAAAUGCGUAUCAAGGGUUAUCUUGACUGUCAAUGGAAAAUGUAUACAUUUGAGGAGCUGUUUUGUUCUUACUAGCUUCAUGCUAAGUGGAUCUUUUUUUAAUCCUUGCAGAUAUGAUUAUAUGGUGGUAACCUAAUGUAUAUUCUGCCUGUAAUUCGAUGUCGAAAUAAAAAGCAAAAAAAAAUGAUUACUAAUCUGCAAUAGAAAAGAGUCAGUGAAAAUGAGCCAGAAGUAAGUUGAAGAAUAUGUACAGGAGUAAUGUGCUCUAUUUCUUCGAUGUUAUUGUACGAAAACUACCGAGCAGAAUGACAUUUAUUGUCGUUGCAAAUUUGAAAUUUACUACGUGAGGUAAGAUCCUAGAAUAUUUUCCAUUAAACCUAUUACAAUAUUCAUCUCUCGCGUCUGCACAUAUUUUUAUCACUAUUGAUGGAUCGGCACCAUUUGAGUUUGAUGUAGCGUUGUUAUCUUGAUCUAGACUUACCAGAGCUCAUUUCUGAUAACGUAAUGAUGCCCAAUGAGUGACAGCAGAGCUAAAGAAACCUAAAGGAACACCAGUAGAUUGGUUUAAUUACAUGAACUCCAUCUUUCCUAAUCAUGAUAGAAAAAGUUUUGAUUUCAUGGUGAAAUUAAUUAUUGAGAAAUAUUUGCCUAGCAGGAAGAAGGAACUACUUUAAUUAAAACUCAUAAACUUCAUUACCAUAAUCAAUAUUUUACAUAAAAACGCCUCAAAAGGUUAUGAAAUCCUCAGCUCACCAAUGACGAUCUGUUUUCCAACAAUGCACCCAAGCAAUUCUAUUCAGACGGUGAAGAAAACAGUCCCUCACCGCGAGAUAUCCAGAACUAUCUAAACGAGCUAUCUUUUCAAGUUUCGAUCUCUUCGCGAAACACCCAAAUGAUGUUAUCAGGUCUUGCUUGGAUGAUUUUAGCGUACAGCGUGUGGAAGUCAGUGGCAGACGGCACAAAUCAUACGGAAACAAACUGAAGCAAUAUGCUGACAUAUAAGCUUUGGUGUCAUGUUGUUUGCCCAGUUCUCGUUUGCUACGUGUGGGUGACAUCUGCAGAGCCUGCCGAGGAUAAUUUAUCAAGCCUCAACGAUACAAAUCUACAGAAAAAUUUCCAAUUCAGUUUACCAACAAGAGUGAUUUUUGCCACAGCCACAUUAUUCAGUUUCCUGAUGUCUGCGAUAGGCAACUCUCUUGUGAUUUGCAUCAUAGCCAAGCAACAGUCCAUAAAAACAUCAACCAACUAUCUCAUAAUGAACUUGGCUGUUUGUGAUAUUUUAACCACUGUAUUCAUGACACCAAACGCCAUCAAAAGAAUUUUUCUUGAAGGAAAAUGGUUUGGCGGUGUUAUGGGAAGCGUCACAUGUAAAAUGGUGCAAUACGGAAACUCUGUUACACUUUAUUGUUCUCUUUUAAACCUAGUUGCUAUCGCAAUUGAUCGAUGUCUUGCUGUCACUCGACCACUAUCUUACAAGCUGUCAUCAAAAUGGCUGGUAAACAUAUCAAUUCCGGUCAUGUGGUUGAUUUCGCUUUCAUUACCUAUAGCAAGUGUGUCUGACACACAAUUAUUAUACUACGACGGCAAUGUUUGGCCAAGAUGUGAAGAGGUAGGAAAUCGAAGCUCUUGGAAUUUGUACUUGUCGAUAGCUUCUAUGGUCUGCUCAUUUAUCGCAUUGAUUACGCUUUAUUCAGUGAUUUCUUAUCGACUUUGGAGAAGAAACAUUCCUGGUGAGAUGUCCAGCAAUCAAGAGGAGCUUUUUAUUCGUACAGCGCGAAAGGUCACCAUUUUAAUGAUAUCAGUUGUAGUUGUCUUUUUUGUUUCAUGGGCACCAGCUUUUGUUUUUCUCAUAAUCUUCGAAUUUGGAAACGCUAGUCCUACGCUUGGAGCAACUGUAAUGCAAUACCCGCUUUUAUUUGCUUUGAGUUACUGGCUAAUGUGUAACAACAGCGCUUUCAACCCUUUGUUGUAUUUCGUAUUUAUUGAAAGUUUUCGUCAAGGCUUGAGAUCGGCUUGUUCAAGAUGUCGGGUUCCUCGAUUCUCCGCGCAUAAAAGGAGGCUCGAAGCUGGACGAGAAUUAACGAGAAAUGUGCCAGCUUUGGACAUCAUCAAUAGGGAAGAAGGAAACAUUGAACUGACGGCAUACUACAGGUACAGUUCAUAAGCGUAUAAAACGUUUGUAAUUUAGCUGUGUGGUGGACGAAAGACCUCGAAGGCCUCAGGUAGAUUAAAAAAGUGAGCCAUGUAAAUAAUGCUUCUUCUUUGUUAAAAGAGAAAAACUGUUGUUUUGAAUAAAUUGUUCACCACUUAUAA